AUGGAACGGCUGGACGAGUCGAACCGAACCGAGGCAGACGGGGUGCAAAACACGUUAGCCGUGUUUGAGAACAUUUCUGACUUUCGAGUGGACAUAUGCUCCACUUCGGUUGUCAACGGUCUGAUGACGUGGAUUCUGAAGCGCUUGAAGACAAAGAUGUCGUUUGAUAUAGUUCGAUUGUAUUGCUCUGAAUUGUUAGCCGCCCUGCUGGCUUUCCAAAAUAACCGAGAGCUGCUUGGCGAAAUCGACGGCGUCGACACCCUGCUGCAACAGUUGGCCUUGUACAAAAGGCAUAACCCAUCGUCCAGCGAAGAAAUUGAGUACAUGGAAAAUCUGUUCGACUGUCUUUGCGCUGCUCUUCUGUACGCCCCAAAUAAGGUGAAAUUCCUCGAAGGCGAGGGUCUACAGCUCAUGAAUUUGAUGCUCAGAGAAAAGAAGAUGUCGCGGGCGAGCGCACUAAAGGUGCUUAACUACGCUACAAUGGAUGAAAGUGGCCGAGAGAACUGCGACAAGUUCGUCGAGAUCCUCGGCCUGAGGACGCUGUUCCCGUUGUUUAUGAAGUCUCCGUCGCAGGUGAAUCGCGUCAACCUACCGCCUGAAAAGCAUGAGGAACACGUAUGUUCGAUCGUCUGUUCGUUGCUGAAAUCGUGCAGCGGACAACAGAAGCAACGCGUGUUGAGCAAGUUCGUCGAGAACGAUCACGAGAAGGUAGAGCGACUGAUGGAGCUGCAUUUCGCCUAUAUGGAGAAGGUUCAGGCUUAUGAGAAUACCCACCAACGACGGCAGCAGAUGGCGGAUGAUGACUUAGAAGACGAAUACCUGAGGAAGCUGGAUGCAGGCUUGUUCACUCUGCAGUUGAUCGAUUAUAUCAUGGCUGAAGUGGUCGUGUUCGGUUCCGUAUCCAUUCGCGACCGUGUGGUGAAGAUUUUAAAUCUGAAAGGUGAAUCUUUCGACUCGUUCAAGAAGGUGCUCACCGACUAUGCGGAAGUCAUUGGUGACAACGACAAGAACACCCCUGAAGUCAUGGCAGAGCUUAAUCACAUCCGUGAGCUAUUAUCGAAACUGUAG